AGAAAGCUUCAUUCUGCAAUCAGCAUUGUCCUUUAUCUUUCCAGUAAAGAUAGUCUUUUGGAGUCCAAGAUGAGGAAAAGCCUGUAUUUUAUAGUCUUGGAAGUGUCUUCUUUUGCCAAGACAGAGAGAGGAGCUUCAGCAGUGAGAGCAACUGAAGGGGUUAAUAGUGGAACUUGGCUGGGUGUCUGUUAAACUUUUUUCCCUGGCUCUGCCCUGGGUUUCCCCUUGAAGGGAUUUCCCUCCGCCUCUGCAACAAGACCCUUUAUAAAGCACAGACUUUCUAUUUCACUCCGCUGCAUCGGCAUCGGGCCUCACUGGCUUCAGGAGCUGAAUACCCUCCCAGGCACACACAGGUGGGACACAAAUAAGGGUUUUGGAACCACUAUUUUCUCAUCACAACAGCAACUUAAAAUGCCUGGGAAGAUGGUCGUGAUCCUUGGAGCCUCAAAUAUACUUUGGAUAAUGUUUGCAGCUUCUCAAGCUUUUAAAAUCGAGACCACCCCAGAAUCUAGAUAUCUUGCUCAGAUUGGUGACUCCGUCUCAUUGACUUGCAGCACCACAGGCUGUGAGUCCCCAUUUUUCUCUUGGAGAACCCAGAUAGAUAGUCCACUGAAUGGGAAGGUGACGAAUGAGGGGACCACAUCUACGCUGACAAUGAAUCCUGUUAGUUUUGGGAACGAACACUCUUACCUGUGCACAGCAACUUGUGAAUCUAGGAAAUUGGAAAAAGGAAUCCAGGUGGAGAUCUACUCUUUUCCUAAGGAUCCAGAGAUUCAUUUGAGUGGCCCUCUGGAGGCUGGGAAGCCCAUCACAGUCAAGUGUUCGGUUGCUGAUGUAUACCCAUUUGACAGGCUGGAGAUAGACUUACUGAAAGGAGAUCAUCUCAUGAAGAGUCAGGAAUUUCUGGAGGAUGCAGACAGGAAGUCCCUGGAAACCAAGAGUUUGGAAGUAACCUUUACUCCUGUCAUUGAGGAUAUUGGAAAAGUUCUUGUUUGCCGAGCUAAAUUACACAUUGAUGAAAUGGAUUCUGUGCCCACAGAAAGGCAGGCUGUAAAAGAAUUGCAAGUCUACAAGAAACCAUUUACUGUUGAGAUCUCCCCUGGACCCCGGAUUGCUGCUCAGAUUGGAGACUCAGUCAUGUUGACAUGUAGUGUCAUGGGCUGUGAAUCCCCAUCUUUCUCCUGGAGAACCCAGAUAGACAGCCCUCUGAGUGGGAAGGUGAGGAGUGAGGGGACCAAUUCCACGCUGACCCUGAGCCCUGUGAGUUUUGAGAACGAACACUCUUAUCUGUGCACAGUGACUUGUGGACAUAAGAAACUGGAAAAGGGAAUCCAGGUGGAGCUCUACUCAUUCCCUAGAGAUCCAGAAAUCGAGAUGAGUGGUGACCUCGUGAAUGGGAGCUCCGUCACUGUAAGCUGCAAGGUUCCUAGCGUGUACCCCCUUGACCGGUUGGAGAUUGAAUUACUUAAGGGGGAGACUAUUCUGAAGAAUAUAGAGUUUUUGGAGGAUACGGAUAUGAAAUCUCUAGAGAACAAAAGUUUGGAAAUGACCUUCAUCCCUACCAUUGAAGAUACUGGAAAAGCUCUUGUUUGUCAGGCUAAGUUACAUAUUGAUGACAUGGAAUUCGAACCCAAACAAAGGCAGAGUACGCAAACACUUUAUGUCAAUGUUGCCCCCAGAGAUACAAUCGUCUUGGUCAGCCCUUCCUCCAUCCUGGAGGAAGGCAGUUCUGUGAAUAUGACAUGCUUGAGCCAAGGCUUUCCUGCUCCGAAAAUCCUGUGGAGCAGGCAGCUCCCUAACGGGGAGCUACAGCCUCUUUCUGAGAAUGCAACUCUCACCUUAAUUUCUACAAAAAUGGAAGAUUCUGGGGUUUAUUUAUGUGAAGGAAUUAACCAGGCUGGAAGAAGCAGAAAGGAAGUGGAAUUAAUUAUCCAAGUUACUCCAAAAGACAUAAAACUUACAGCUUUUCCUUCUGAGAGUGUCAAAGAAGGAGACACUGUCAUCAUCUCUUGUACAUGUGGAAAUGUUCCAGAAACAUGGAUAAUCCUGAAGAAAAAAGCGGAGACAGGAGACACAGUACUAAAAUCUAUAGAUGGCGCCUAUACCAUCCGAAAGGCCCAGUUGAAGGAUGCGGGAGUAUAUGAAUGUGAAUCUAAAAACAAAGUUGGCUCACAAUUAAGAAGUUUAACACUUGAUGUUCAAGGAAGAGAAAACAGCAAAGACUAUUUUUCUCCUGAGCUUCUCGUGCUCUAUUUUGCAUCCUCCUUAGUAAUACCUGCCAUUGGAAUGAUAAUUUACUUUGCAAGAAAAGCCAACAUGAAGGGGUCAUAUAGUCUUGUAGAAGCACAGAAAUCAAAAGUGUAGCUAAUGCUUGGUAUGUUCAACUGGAGACACUAUUUAUCUGUGCAAAUCCUUGAUACUGCUCAUCAUUCCAUGAGAAAAACAAUGAGCUGAGAGGCAGACUUCCCUGAAUGUAUUGAACUUGGAAAGAAAUGCCCAUCUAUGUCCCUUGCUGUGAGCAAGAAGUCAAAGUAAAACUUGCUGCCUGAAAAACAGUAACUGCCAUCAAGAUGAGAGAACUGGAGGAGUUCCUUGAUCUGUAUAUACAAUAACAUAAUUUGUACAUAUGUAAAAUAAAAUUAUGCCAUAGCAAGAUUGCUUAAAAUAGCAACACUGUAUAUUUAGAUUGUUAAAAUAACUAGUGUUGCUUGGACUAUUAUAAUUUAAUGCAUGUUAGGAAAAUUUCACAUUAAUAUUUGCUGACAGCUAACCUUUGUCAUCUUUCUUCUAUUUUAUUCCCUUUAACAAAAUUUUAUUCCUAUAUAGUUUAUUGACAAUAAUUUCAGGUUUUGUAAAGAUGCCAGGUUUUAUAUUUUUAUAGACAAAUAAUAAGCAAAGAGAGCACUGGGUUGGCUUUCAGGUACUAAAUACAUCAACCUAUGGUAUAAUGGUUGACUGGGUUUCUCUGUAUAGUACUGGCAUGGUACGGAGAUGUUUCACGAAGUUUGUUCGUCAGACUCCUGUGCAACUUUCCCAAUGUGGCCUAAAAAUGCAACUUCUUUUUAUUUUCUUUUGUAAAUGUUUAGGUUCUUUUGUAUAGUAAAGUGAUAAUUUCUGGAAUUAGAA